AUGUUCUACGAACCAGGAAAGACAGAACACAAUCUCCCGCACGAUCCGUUCAAGGCCUGCGUGGUCCCGCGACCGAUCGGCUGGAUCUCAACAAAGAACGGAAAAGGCCAAGCCAACCUGGCCCCCUACUCGCAAUUCAACAACCUCACCUUCGACCCGCCCUACGUAAUGUUCUCCUCGAACCAAACAGUGAACGGCACCCGCAAAGACACCGUAAUCAACGCCGAAGAAACCGGCCACUUUGUCUGGAACCUCGCAACCUGGGACCUACGGGAGGCUGUCAACAUCACCGCCGAACAAGUGCCCUAUGGCGUAGACGAGUUUACCCGGGCAGGGGUAACAAAGGAACCCGCGCGAACCAUGGACGUGCCAAUGGUGUCGGAAUCACCCGUCAAGUUCGAAUGCGAGUACCACUCGACAGUCCGACUGCCAGGCAACCCGCCGAUGGGCACGGUGGACGUGGUGAUCGGCCGGGUGGUGGCCGUGCAUAUCCGCGACGAGGUGCUGACGGACGGAUUGCUGGACGUGGCGAAGACACAGCCGAUUGCGCGAUGUGGGUAUUAUCAAUACACGGUUGUGCGAGAGACAUUUGAGAUGGUGAUUCCAGGGAUGUCGGAGGAUGUGCUGUAUGGGUUGGAGGGGAGCGCGAGGAAGAAUGCAGACGUUCAUUCGGGGGCUGCGGGUGGCCGUGCCAAUGCUGCUAAUGCUAGUGCUGCUAGUGCUGCCAGUGCCAAUGCUUUGGAGUCAGCCGAAUCAACAUAG